UUUGUCAUUAGAAUUGUAUUGAUUCAAUUUAUAAUUGCGACAAAGUUCAGGCGCCCACAAUGCCACGUGGAAUGCUACUUCUCUUGGUUUUUGGAGUAAUAAACGCUGCAACAGCUUCAUCAACUGCUCCGCAGGCCCAAUCAACACCUAAGUCAGUAAAUAAUACAUUAUCAAACUUGAAUUAUGCUCUCGUUGGUAUUAUUACUUGUGUCAUAAUCAUUAUAAUCGGAGGAUUUGCAUGGCUUAAAAAAUAUUAUCACCAACCAAUGCCAAUUAACAAGGGUGUAUUUAAUUGUAGAAGAAAUCAAAGAUGUGACUUUGAUUUGGACCGAGGAUUACGAAGAGAACACUGCGACGUUAGCAAUGGACCAGAGAAGGAAAAACUAAAUCGUCAGCAUUUCACCAACAAUCUCAUCGACAAAAAAGAGCAUGAGGGCAAGGAUUAUGGAGCAGAGAUACGAAAUGUUGCCAAGGCAAUUCAGCAGGCAUAUGCCAUACAAAUUGGUAAAUCUAUUGCUGAACAGGAGAAAGGAACUGACGAAUAUUGCCAUUCUGCAAUCAUUGAAGCACCGAAUUCCAGAAAAUGGUGUAUUAUGAAUACUAAUACGCAGACGAGGAAAAUAUUUGAUUGGAUGGUUCGAUUGAAGUGUCGGGUUGUUAUUGAGUUGACCAAUUUACGCGGUGAAGAAGGUUGCCCUGAACUAUCGCUAGAAGUGAAGGAACGUGGACAAUUGAUUUACACGUCAAAACAAUUGAAAUCGAAAAUUCCCGGUUUAUCAGUGUAUAAAGUUCGAAGGAUUGAAGAUAAUCAUAGUUUCCUCUACUGGAAGUGUGAGAAUAUGCCACAUGGAUUUGUUUCAUUUAAUUUAGUUCCGUUUGCGAAGAUGUAUGAAUCAACGUCCAGUGAUAACGAGUAUGCUAAUGUAGGAAUUGUUGCGGGAAAUGUUGAUACAAGAGCGACUAUUUUACCAUUGAUUGACACAUUGAUGCACAUCAUGGGAAGCUCCCUGAAUUUGGACUCGAUGCUUCCGAUCGCUGGAUCUUGGAUGGGAACUCAGAAAACAAGAUCAAUUGAUUUGGUAGCGACUGCACAGAUUGAGUUUGCACUCUAUGUUUGCUUGAAGUUGGUUGCAGAUGAAAACACGUUCACAAUGAUCCCGAUCGCUGCGUUGGAAACUGCAUGGAUGAAAUCUUGGAUUGAGAAUCACGACAUUUUCCAGAAAUUCUAUACAUCUACGCGAUUGACUUGUCCAGAUGACAGAAGAGAACACUGGUACAAAGCGGGACUACAAAAAUUGGCUGAAAUUCGAGAAACUCUGCAGGAACCAGUCGCUUGCAAGUCAAACAAAUUGGAUAAGAAGAAAGAUGGAAAAAAGGAGAAAUAAUGUCGAGAAGGUUGAAGCACUGAAGUAGACUAUAGCACUUGAGAGAAUAAAAUGUGAUUCAUUUC